AACUUAAAAUAUUUAUAAAAUGAAUUCUGAUUCUAGUUCAAUGUCCAGCCGAGCCUCAUCUCCAGAUAUGGAUGACAUGUAUCUGAGAAGCCACCACCAUCAUCAUCACCAUCAUCACCACCAAGACAGCAGAAUGAACUCUGUCUCCUCUACUCAAAAUGACAUUAUGCAGAAGAUGUCAGAUGAAGUUCACAUAAGACACUCUUCAAAACCUGAAGGAGAAAGCAGCAAAUAUAAAAUUAAGAAGCAACUGUCAGAGCAAGACUUGCAGCAGCUGAGGCUGAAAAUCAAUGGAAGGGAGCGCAAAAGAAUGCAUGACCUGAACCUUGCUAUGGACGGCCUGAGGGAAGUCAUGCCCUAUGCUCAUGGACCCUCUGUGAGAAAACUUUCCAAAAUUGCUACUCUUCUGCUUGCAAGAAACUACAUCUUGAUGCUUACAAGCUCACUGGAGGAAAUGAAGAGGCUAGUGGGUGAGAUCUAUGGGGGCCAUCAUUCUGCAUUUCACUGUGGGACUGUGGGACAUUCUACCACUCACCCAGUUCACCCACCAAAUGCGGUCCAUCAGAUGCAUCCCAUCCUGGGCAGUGCAUUGUCUUCUAAUAACACAUCUGGCCUUUCUGGACCAUUACCAGGAAUUGGCAGCAUAAGACCUGCACAUUCUCUGCUCAAAACUACAUCGACCCCUCCGCUCCCUCUUGGCAGCAGUUUUCAACAUUGGGCAGGCCUACCUUGUCCUUGUACUAUCUGUCAGAUGCCACCACCACCUCAGCUGUCUACUCUAUCGGGCAGCCUGAACAGGAUCACUGCAGAAACUAAGGACUUACUAAAAUAAUAUUAUUUACUGUACAGUACACAACACAAGAGACUUGAAUAUCACUUUUCAUCUAUUGGUAUUAAUUGCAUAUAUAAAUAUAGAUUUGUGGUGAUGCAGGAAGACACAGACAAAUACCUGUUUGCAUGCAUGCUUUUUCUUAUUUUUCUAUGCCAUUCUUUUAGUUUUCACAUUCUCUGUUAUAAUUUAUAAAGAUAAACUAUCUCAACAAGGUAAAGAUUAGGUGGAUUCUUGUGAUAAUAUGUUAUAUGUAAGUUUCUUGUCAUAAUGUGAAUAUUUGCAAAGAAGUGGAUGGUUAAUAGAGAUAAUAUAGCAAAUCUUUGAAAUGCUAUCAAAUACCUGUCUAUGU